UCCUAUCAACGUGUGUGUGUGAGUGAGUGUUUCGUGUUUUUGUGGCCGCACGUGAAAAAUAUUUUCUUUUGAAUUUCAUCGAAUUUUUUUUUUGAUCUUUUAAAAAAUGGCCAUCACACCAAUUUACAAACCGGAAAUUAUCAAAAAACGUACGAAGAAAUUUCGUCGUCAUCAAUCGGAUCGUUAUCGAAAAUUGAAGCCAAACUGGCGUAAACCAAAAGGUAUUGAUAAUCGUGUUCGUCGCCGUUUUAAAGGACAAAUUUUGAUGCCCAACAUUGGUUAUGGUUCGGCACGAAAAACCAAACACAUGUUACCGAAUGGUUUUCGUAAAGUUUUGGUACAUAAUUUGAAGGAAUUGGAAGUACUAAUGAUGAUGAAUCGAAGAUAUUGUGCCGAAAUUGCCCAUUCUGUGUCAUCGAAAAAACGUAAAGAAAUUGUUGAACGUGCACGACAAUUAUCAAUCAAAGUGACAAAUGGUGCAGCACGUCUUCGUACGGAAGAAAAUGAAUAAUAAACAUCUCUUUAUAUUAUGAUUAUUAUUACGCUACGAUCCGAACACCAAAAUUUUCUAUUUUGUAAUGUAAUAAGAUUAAUUUUUUUCAUUAAAAAUUAAAAAAAAAAAAUAAAUCUCAAUUCCCAAAAUAAAUAAACCUAUACCGAUUGAAUACUAGA